GCUCAGGUUCUGACACUGCUGUACCUGUCUGAAACAAAAGUGAGCCACUGCUGGUCCGCCCUCAGCCCACCCAGAUUACUGGCCUGCACACAAGAGGUUCUUCGUGCAGAUGAUGGCUAGUGUGAAUCUAGAUCAGGUGCAGAUUGGAGAAAACAAGUACAUCAGCAAGAAGGCUUUACUCUCAAACCUCAAAACCUACAACCUUUACUAUAGAGGAGAGGCUCUGCAGCUGCGCCACAGAGAGGAGGAAGGAGAGCUGAUUAUUGAGGGGCUGCUCAACAUAUUCUGGGGGCUGCGGAGACCAAUCAGAUUACAGAUGCAAGAUGGCAAAGAGCCAAUCAAACCGGCUCCUUUUCUCUCAGGACGUUACGCAAACACAGCAGAGUCUGAAAAACAGAGGAAGAAACUUGUUCCGCCUACUAUUGAGGUCACAGAGCCUGCAGACCAAUCAGAACAAGGUACAGAGACAGCAGGAGAGACAGGUGAGGAGGAGGAGUCUGCACACCUGCAGAGGACAAGGAGUGAUGUGAGUGGGAGGAGACUCGGUGGACGGACAGCACUUGGUAACCAGCGGCGAAUCAGGAGACACAGAUGUUCCUUCAAUGGCCACUACUACAACCACAAGACAGCGGUUUUCACUCCAGCAUUUGGUUCCGUCACAAACGUCCGCAUCAACAGCUCCAUGACGACGGCGCAGGUGCUGCGAGUGCUGCUCAACAAGUUUAAGAUUGAGAACAGUCCUGAGGACUUCAGUCUUUUCCUCCUGCACACCAGUGGAGAGCGGGUGCAGCUGAAGCGAGGUGACCACCCGCUGUCCAUUCGGGUUCUGCAGGGUCCAUGUGAACAAGUCAGCAAGAUCUUUCUCAUGGAGGUUGACCAGGUGGAGGAGGUCACCUACGACGUGGCGCAGUACAUCAAGCUGGAGAUCCCUGUGCUGCAGAGCUUCAUUGAUAAGCUGAUGGAGGAAGAGCUCAGAGAGAUGGAGAAACUCAAACAGAGGUACAGUGAUCUGCGCAGUAUGAUUCAGAUGCACAUGAAGCGGUUGGCGGAUAAGGCCGUUUGCUAGCAAAAAGGACAUCAUUUACAUCUCUUUUCAUCUCUCUCACAUCUCUAGAACAUUCGGUCUGUUCUAAUGUCACUUAAAGUCAGCCAGAAUGAUAACUUCUGAAGCUGUCCAGUCCCCGGCCCGCAUUUACCUCAACUGUAGUCCAUCAGCCAACACAUGUCUGGUGUCUGAGGUUCUUGAGGAAGACUUGUAGCUCGUAUGGGCCUCUAUUGUUUUAGCACUGAAGCUACAAGGCUAAUGUAACUAACAAGUAAUGGGAGCCAAUUAGCAUGUUGCUAACUGAAAGUCUAAGCUUGUUAGCACUAGCAUUAGCCUCGUAGUUCCUAGCAGUGCUGAAACUAAAGAAGCAAACUUCAGACACCAUACACGUCUUGGCCGAUUGACUACAUUUAAGACGAGGGCUGUGCAAAUUUUAUAUUUUGCCCAAAAAGUGAAAAUCCGCUCAGUGAAGUAUCACUCAAAUACAUUUUUGCCUCUGCUUCAGCCAUUUUCUAAUUUUACCCCAGAAUACAGUCGUUCUCAAACUACUACUCCAAACAGAAGCUGGUACAGAUUUAUAAAUACAUUUGAAUAAAUAUUUUUCUUACAGAUGUAUAAAAAUAUAUAUGCAUAAAUGUAUUCCUUACAAAUGUAUGACUAUAUUUGCCUAAAUAUAAUUUACAUAUGUGUAAAUAUAUUUCUUCAGUUGAUAAAUAUUUUUGCAGUGUAUAUUUCUUAGAGACAUAUGAAUAUAUUUGGAUAGUUACAUUUCUCUGAGAUUUGUACAUUUAUUGGCAUUAGCAUAUUUUUUAGUGCCUGUUUAUUAGCACCUAAUAAUGUGAAGAGUAAUUGUGUUGACUGUGUUAUGCUGUAAAUGGUCAUGUAUGUCUUUUUGCCUAUGGUACAAUAAGAGCACUUGUUAAUAAAAUGUUUUUAUCAUUUUU